UCACCGACGGCCGCCUCUAAAAAGGCAAGGGGGAGGCGCCGCCACCGCCACCGCCGCCGCCGCCGGUUGCUGUCGAAGCCGCACGAAGGUGGUGGUGGUUGGUGGUAGGGUUUUAGCGCGGCAGGCGGAGAUGGGGGAGAGAGCGAGGCAGUGGCUCCUCGUCGCCGGCGCCGGCGCCGCGGUUGGGGCGCUCUCCACCGCCGCCGUCAUGAGGAUCCUCUCGAGAUCCAAGCGGAGGGAGGGGUACGUGCGCAGCCUGCUGGAGUCGAACGGCGUCGCCAGUGGUGGUGCUGGAUCGAGCGUUGGUACUCGGGUUGUCGCUACUUCGGAUCUUCUUGAUGAUGAAGUGGUCUCCGAACAGCUCACAAGGAAUAUACAAUUUUUUGGCAUGGAAUCUCAGAAGAAAGUGACAGGGUCGUUUGUUGUAGUAAUUGGUCUUGGAGGGGUUGGCAGUCAUGCUGCUUCAAUGCUUCUUAGAUCUGGUGUUGGCCGGUUGCUCCUUGUGGAUUUUGAUCAGGUUUCGCUGUCUUCGCUGAAUCGGCAUGCUGUGGCAACAAGAGAUGACGUUGGAACACCUAAAGCAUUAUGCCUCAAGAAGCAUUUUUCGAUGAUAUAUCCAGAGUGUCAAAUCGAAGCAAAAGUGCAGUUGUAUGAUCCAUCAUGCGAGGAUGAAAUUCUUUCUGGACAACCAGACUUUGUUCUUGAUUGUAUAGAUAACAUUGAUACGAAGGUUGCACUCCUUGCGGCUUGCGUACGCAGAGGUUUAAGGGUGCUUUCAGCAAUGGGGGCUGGGGCUCGAGCGGACCCAACCAGAAUUCGUGUUGCAGAUUUGAGGGAAUCAAGCAAUGAUCCUCUUUCUCGGGCUGUGCGGUAUCGGCUGAAGAAGGACCAUGGAAUUGAAGGUGGAAUACCGGUAGUUUUUUCCUUGGAGAAGCCCAAGGCAAAGCUACUUCCUUUUCAAGCUUCAAAAGAAGAAGAAACUCCAUCAGAUUACCAGAUCGUGCCAGGAUUCAGGGUGCGCAUUAUCCCAGUGCUGGGAACUAUCCCUGCAAUAUUUGGUCAAGUUAUGGCCUCAUAUGUGAUUACUCAGCUUGCCAAGUUGGAUUUUCAAACUGAACCAAUUGUUAACAUGGAUUUGGAUCAUUACCGUAUUCUUCACCAUCGUCUUCUUGAGCAUGAGGAGCUAAUAUAUGGUUCUGCUGAACAAGUUUUGGUCGAUGCUGAAGAAGUAAUGUACAUUGUCAAAGAAUUGUGGCGUGGUCGAAGUGCUAGAGAUCAAAAUCUGAAGGACACUGGCCGUAAAAUGUGGAGAUCUGUCAAUGAAUUAAUGCUUGUUCGGUGGGAUAAAUCAAAGCCUGCUGGCGUGUCAAACUUAAUACUUCUCAAGUUCAAUGAGGCAGAUGCACAUGAAUCCACCACUCUUGACCAAAUAAAGGAAGAAGAACCUGAAUUUUACAACAUGGUUUCACGUGUUCUGAAACAAGCUGAAGCAGAAUUUGCUUUAUGAAUGAGCCAUUAAUCACUAGAUGCUCCAGCUUACGGUGAUACCAACGAUAUCAUGGACGAAGCAGUUAGACUUGGUUUUUUGAAGGACCCAAUUUUUUAUAUUGCUGAUCAGGAAGCCAGUGGAAGCUUGUGCAAGUUCAUUUUUCAGCUGCCAAAUCAUUACCAUAUGCUGCCAUAGAUUGAACUUGGUAAUAUUUGUGGUUUCUGAAAAGAAUAUUCCUGGAAUUAGCAAAACCAAAUAUGUUGUGUUGUACAAUCUGUUGGGUUGUUUUUAUAUGUCGGGGUUUAGCCCAAUUUAGCAGACAAAUAUUGUCUCAGCUGUAUUCAAGGACAUAGUCAAGCAGAGACAGAUAUCAUCAUCUUCUUUUCUUGUUUCAAAAAGGGGGGAAAAAAAGAGAUCUCCACAUCUCUUCAUUUGUUUUCUCUUAUGAUUUGUGGACCAUUUAUAGGUUCAAAAUCCUCGUUCAAGGAGGUGAGUAAUUCAGGGUCAAGUUCAACUCCAACAACUUCCUUUCACUCUGCAGCUACCUACUUUUUCCAAGACCAAGUCAUGUACUCAUGUGUCUCACAUAAAGUUAUAAUGGUCAUGUACUCGUGUGGCCUCUGAUGAUUCCAA